UCGAAUCGAGAAUAAUAUAAAAUGAUCGGUGGUCAGUAACGUCAAUUAACAAUGUGGCCAUUCAUAAAUUAUUUGCUUUUUGGUCUUUGUUUGGUUGUAAUGUAUGGAAACACAAGUUGCAAAGAGCAGGAGCCGGCUUUAUAUUAUUAUGGUUCGGAAAGUGAACGAAAUCUACCAGCUUGUGAGGAGAAACAAGCAUGCUCGGUGCUACUGUUGCGGUACUGGCAAGAUCCGGCUUUAGUACGACUCUGUCGCUGUGCGGCGCGCAUGCGUUGUGACGCCAUCGCACCGUCAAAUUCACUUAUAGAGCUCAACAACCGCGCUUAUUUUCAAUUCUGCAAACCCAUCACUGACUGGCCAGAAUGUUCAAACAUAGAUUCGCCACUUAUAGUAGAAACCUCUUAUGACCGUAUCAACCCAGACGAAAUAGAGGAACUGCACCACAGAAACAUUGAGCUUACACCGCCAAAGAUCAUAUUUAAUUGUCGGUGCCGUAACCCUAACUACUGGAGACCAAAAUCUAAUACCGAUGAUAAUGAUGCGAUACAUGUAUAUCGGUGUUCUUUCCUGCCAUUAUGCGAAACAGGGGAAUUCUGUGGAAAUGUCAACUAUGAUCUUAACGCAUUGUAUCAGUCUUGUUUAUGUCCAAAGAAUCAUAUAUGCGUACAUAACGGCGGCGUCACAUAUGAUUACAUUUCAGAAUUACUGUAUCGCGGUAGAGGAUGGAAAGCAUACUGCCAAUCUAUCAAAAAUAAUACAUCUACUGAGUAUGAAGACUACUGAUUUUACUCACCGGCGGC